AUGGAUGGCACAGAUAUACUGAUGGGCUCUUCAGGAAAUCUUAGGGACCCUCCAAGCACGCGUGUUCUGUCAACACAGCUGCUCAUUGCGUGUACGCUUGGUUUCACGGCUGUCGCCGUGUUUAGUAUACUGAGGACAAGAUUUCCACACAUUUUCAUCGCAAGACUGCAUUAUCUAAAGAAAAUCAAUGAUAGCAAGAAGUCAUCCAGCGAUUCAGGUAACGUUUCAGCUACUCGUUCAUCAGUAUUUACAAGGUCUUUUCUUAAUAUAUCCGAGAAGUCGCUCUUUAAUACGUUUAGAACCUUACACAGAAUAACAGAUGAGGAAAUAAUAGAUUUUGCUGGUUUAGAUGCAUAUGUGUUUCUUGAUUUUUUCAAAAUGGCAAUUCAAAUAGUAUCAGUUUGUUGGAUAUCUGCUUUUAUUAUCAUCUCACCAAUUCGAUAUCACUUCACGGGAAAGUUCGAUGAAGGUGAUGAGAACCUUUUCACAUACUCGGAUAUUUACCGUAAUGGUGUUACUAGAAAGAAUAAUAGCGAUGGCGAAGAUACCUUGAAGCCUCAUUAUUACAUCUAUUUACUUACUUAUGUGAUAUUCACCUAUUUCUUUACUUUAGUUACAUGCCAUUUCCUUGUUAAGCACUCAGUGAAAAUUAUCAAAAUAAGACAAACAAUAUUAGGGAAACAGAAUUCGAUUACGGAUAGAACUAUCAGGUUAUCCGGAAUUCCUCCCGAGCUUCGUACAGAGAAAGCUUUACGGGAGACAAUUGAAAAUUUGAAUAUUGGGAAAGUUGAAAAAAUUGUAAUAUGUAAAGAGUGGAAAAAACUUGACAAUUUAUUCAAGAUAAGAUCAAAGAUAGUGAAGAAACUGGAAUUUUAUUGGGCUAAUUACAUGGAAAUUGGAAACUCGGUGAAUGUAUCAGAUCCUUAUAGUGACAUCAUUGGAUUAUCUGGGCAAGAUAGUCGUACUGACACGACCGAGAAUAAUCUUGAUAAUAGGGAUAAUAACGACAAUAAUAACCAGUGCACUGUCCAGAGUGUGCCUCCUUCCGUCUAUUUUGAUGAUCUUGAAGGUGGCUCCCCAAUGAAUUCCCAGGUCACUUUGGAAAGUAGAAACAGCCUUAUUUCAACGAUUUCUGUAAGGGCAAGACCCACUAUAAGACAAGGCUUCUGGGGGUUGUUUGGAAAAAAAAAAGAUGCUUUAGACUAUUAUACAAAUCAACUGGAUGUUAUAAAUGAAGAGAUAAGAAAAGCCAGAAAUGAACAUUAUCCUGCAACACCGACCGCUUUUCUAACAAUGGAUUCCGUAGCGACUGCCCAAACUUUGGCACAAGCAGUGCUUGAUCCAAGGAUUGGUUAUUUAAUAGCUAGUCCAGCACCAGCUCCUGCAGACAUAAUGUGGGAAAAUGCAACGUUACCGAGUCACUCAAGAAAACUGAAAAUAUACUACAUUACAAUAAUCACAGGAAUAUUAGGUGUGGCUUUUAUAUUUCCUGUUGGUUAUCUUGCCACGCUUUUGAAUUAUAAAUCCAUAAAGAAGUUUUGGCCUACUCUAGCAAAUUUUCUAUUGCAUCACGAAUGGGCAUUGAAGUUUGUCACUGAAUUGUUACCAGUUUACUUAUAUACCCUCUUGAAUGCAAUAAUACCUUUCUUAUACGUCUGGUUAUCUUCAAAGCAAGGGUUCAUAUCUCACGGAGAGGAGGAGUUAUCUGUUGUUUCAAAAAACUUCUUUUAUGUUUUUGUCAAUCUUUUCCUUGUUUUCACAAUGGCAGGAACCGCUUCCAACUAUUGGGGGUAUUUGUCCGACUCUAAGCAAAUAGCAUUGCAAUUAGCCCAGUCUCUACAUGAUUUAGCUUCCUUCUAUGUUGAUACGAUAGUACUUCAAGGUAUCGGUUUGAUGCCAUUCAAACUUUUACCAAUGGGUAGAAUAUUUCAGUUUUUGUUUUUUUGGGUGUCUCAUUCAACGAGGGGGAAAGCAGAAUUUAUGUUCGGUCUUGGUGUGCCGACAGCUAGGGAAAUAACGACAUUGUAUCAACCUCCGACAUUUAAUUUUGGCUUACAAUUACCGCAUCCAUUAUUGGUGUUGGUUAUUACGCUAAUCUAUUCAGUUAUUUCAACUAAGAUAUUGAGUGCAGGUUUGGUUUAUUUCAUUAUCGGUUACUAUGUCUUCAAAUUUUUGUUAAUUUAUACAUACAUCCAUCCACAACACUCAACGGGAAAGGUGAUGCCAAUUAUCUUUCGCAGAGUUAUCCUGGGGUUAUUGUUAUUUCAGCUAACUGUUGCUGGUUCUUUAGUGUUGGAGAAGUCAUGGAUUUUAGCUGCUUGUCUCACCCCACUACCUUUGUUUACUUUGAUGGUUCUCUGGUAUUUUCAAGAAAAAUUAAAACCGUUGAGUGUUUUCAUUGCCUUAAGGGCAAUUAAAAUCAAUGAAAGUAAACCUAGCUAUUCCGAUGAUAUUCCAUUAACCACAUCUUCCAAUCCAAACCUAUCGGGUACCAUUCUCUCAUCAAACCAAAGAAGGAAAAAAACUCAUAAUAAUAGAACAUCCACUGACUUUGAACCAACUGGACUUAGCGAUACUGGUGAUCUUGAUACUUCCAAAAUUUGGAGUGAUGCGAUUUUUGAUGAUUCCACUGAUUCACAGCAAAAUGCAGCAUUCCAUUCUUGCGAUCCAAACACUGAUUCCAGUUCAAGAAUUAUUAAUAACCUAAAAACAGGUGCCACAAUUGAUGAGAGAAGAGAAUUGUUCCAAGAUUAUGAUUAUCCGUAUCUUGUUGACCAUUUGGAAGGUCCUUGGAUAGGUAUAAAAAAGUCGGACACAAACACAAACGAUUCUUACAGUGAUAAUUGGAUCCUAGUAUGGACUAGUGAUGGGAUUAUCCGCAAAAAAAUAAAAGAAGAAACUAGUCGAACUAUUGUAUAA